AAUGUGGGAAGCCCUCUGAGACGUGCAUCUCCUAAACAACAGCUAUUGUCUCGGCAUUCUAACCGUCUGUUUUCAACACGAUGGUACUCUACCCAGUUUGCUUCAAGCACGUGCUGUCCCACUUUCACAAGAUACCUCCGUCCUAGCAUCAUUUUGUUUUCCAUGACGAGCCCCCAAAAGAAGCGUGGGCAGGCCGGAGAAUGCAUGUAAAGCAUCGAGCAGAGUGAGGGGUUCGUGUCAUCUCAUCCCAUGGCUCUCAUUCAAGCGCGCCCACAGGUAUCUCAGGAAUUAGAGGAUAGUGUGACACAGGCCCGAUAGUUUUACUGGAUGCUGGUCCUGAAAUAACAGAACUCAGCGCAUUGGGAGAGGCCGGAGCAAACUAGUGGAGGCGGGCCAGUCGGGGGAAAGACGCAACGCUCGUGACGCAGAGUGCUUGAUCACGGUGGGCCGAUCACGCCCUGGAGCCUGGUGCUACACCAGAGCCACGGGGGAAGGUUUAUAUCUGCACCACACUAACUAACCUGCAUUAGACACUCCGAGAGGGACUGGAAAGUUUGAGAAUGGCCGCUGUCCAAAGACAGACGUCGCAAUGGGGACAUGUGGAGGAGGAAAGUGACAGACAGGAGACCUAUGAGAAGGAGUGGUGGAAGGGACAAACCAGAGGAGGAAAUGCAGCGAUCCUACGGCAGGGUGAUGCGGCCGCAAGCCAAGCGCCGCAAGGAGGGCCCGGAACCUGGCCCGGAUUCAGGCAGAACCUCCCGACCGUAGAGCAACUCCACAGCGUCGCACCGCCAGUGGCAACUACCUUCACUGGAAUACCCCCCGGAGGCCAGCGACCCCCUUCCCCCACGCCCCCCUGGAGAGAGGGGAAGCAGUUUGUCAGUAGGAGACGAGGCCCGACUAUCAUCAGCGUCUCCACCGAAGAGCUUCGUAACACCGUUCACACCAGAGCUCAGAGAAAGCUUCCCCCUCCGCAGAAGUUGGAGUUUGAACAUCCAGUCCAGAAGCUAAGUACACCAUCUGCACCGAGACAAGUAACUCCUCCCCAACCCGCAAAGGCACAGAAUACGCGUAAGAUGGAGGAGGCUCCAACGAAUUCGCCGAAGGUGUCUGAGCCCCCGGCACCUCAGGUAGCGCCCCAGGAAGCACCUGUCAAUCUUCCUGCACCGAGCCACCUGUCGGCCGAGGCUCAGGCCGACUACGACGCUGCUGUAGUCGUUGGGCACACUGAUAUGUCGGGGUACGCCAACGUCGUGUACGAUCUUCACGUCGACAAGGGAAGGUUGGCCAAAACGGUACAAGCGUCUGCCAAGAGGGUCCGGAGUCGUGGUGCUUCAGCAAGUGGUUCUGCGGCGGCCACAAGAGAAGGGUCACCCGUCAGGGAAUUGGGCGCUGCAGGUGCAGAGGAGACGCAGCAAUCUUCAGCCUCUGCUGCCGCUGCUGCUUCCGCUCAAAGUGCUGCAUCUGCCCAGUCACAGCAGGCAUCAGUACAGAAAACAACCAGCGUACAGCAAAGUACCAGCGUGCAGCAAACAUCCACGGUCACGGCCCAGGAGCAGUCUAUCACCGCUAGUAGCGUCCUGGAAUCUUCCGCUAGUAGCGUCCUGACAUCUUCUGCUCAAGUUCAACAGGGUGCUGCCGAGGGAGGCCAGCCUUCAUGGACGGUCCGAGGCUCGGGUCAGGGUGGAGCGGCCGGAGGAGGCAACCGGAGAAGGGUGUUCGUUGGCCGCCCGUCGGACUUCGUUCCUGAUCACCUGCGCCCGGCCAUCCGUGCCAUACCAGGGCAGCAGCAGCGGUCAAGAUACAUAAAAACAUAUUCGUACGUCGCCCAACAUCGCUUGAUGGAAUAACGAAAAAACAGAUCUUUGAUUAUGAAAAAAGAAGUGUGAAAACGAGAUGAUGAAGGCCUGUCGCGGUGACGUUUAUCUGGCUAUUCCUGGUGGCAAUGGCAGCGAGCCAUUGGUGGGACUGACGGAAGAAUUGUAUGACCUGCCAUAGACGCUAGUAGUAGGAACUUUCAGGGUGUGCUACUCGGCUUCGACCGUAUCUAAAGUCAUUUCAUCUCCGCAGCCGGGAAACCUUAGCGGGACGCUUGGCGGGGAAACCUUACCAGAUUCCCGAAGAAAUACAUCACAAGUCCGCCGCUACGUCCAAGCUCAAUCUGGAUGUGUCGCUGGUCGCUACAUGCAGAAAGAUUUCCUGACAGAGAAAUCUAAAACCAAACGCAAGAACCUAAACGGAGGUGUAAAUCGUUUGAAUGGUUAACCUUACAGGUGUUCAAUUUGGCAUUAUAUUUCAUAUCGGCUUUAUAUGAUCAUUCUUCGUUAGCAUGAAAUAAUGCUUUGGCAAAGCAGCUGUCGUGGGGCGUAAACAAAACUGAGACUUGAAACCUGAGACGAUAGCAUGUCGCAUUGUCUAUAGUAAGGCCAGGCGCUGCUUACAUUACACGAAACAUUUUACAGUGCCGCGCGUUGCCAUGCAUAUACCUUAUGUAUUAAAGACCUAACGCUCAUGUCAUGUAAAGUUUGAUUAAAGAAUUUAUUCGACACUGCAAGUUUAGGAACUUCAAUGAUUUCGGAUAUGACAAUGGUGUGUUCGUACUAAGGAAUGUGGGGAGCAUGGUUCGUCUCAUGCCUGCUUCUGUGACCCCAGAAGUAUUUUAGGAACGCUCAAUGUCUGAAUUAGAAUUCGACACUAAUUCCGGGACGGAAUAAAGCAUCGUGCUUUUGGUGGUACGCUCUGAUGGACUAAUUCAAAGCGUGUACUUCUAUUUAUCAAUUUUAUGGUCAUAAUCUACUAGUAGAUACCCGACGGCUUUCCAAAAGCCUGAUGGGAGGAUGCACGAUAAAAUUUUCUUAUAGAGAUGCGAGAUCAAAUGUUGUUUGAAAUAUGUUCCACUGGAGUGCAUGACAGUAGAAUGAGCAGAUGAAAGACCAGCAACAUAUAGUUGCGUCCUUUUUACAGACUGUUUUAGUCUAAUACACAGUCCUUAUUAUGUGAGGAAGAAGGGAUCCACAAUAGUACACAGUCCGUAUGUCACCAAGUCUUAGUAUGGGGGCUUACAAACAGUGUCUUUUUAAAGUGUACGUGUAAAUAUAAGACGGAAGAAGUGAUGGCACCGUAUGUGUCUUUAAGGACUGACAUAAUCACGUGAUCAUGCACUGCCAAGAGUUUUGCUUUCUAGCAUUCGAAAGACGAAGCAAGCAAAUGAUUUUGAUUGAUAUUACAUCUCUAUAUUUACAAUGGGAA